AUGUGGCGCCGACUUGGUGUUUGGGUGCGCAAUUUUCUGGUACUAGGGUUCGGCUUCAUCUCCCGUCCUGCUGCUCAGGCUCUGGCUUGGCGCAUGCACAAAGGAGUCACAGACACGCUUGGUCGUCGCUGCUCUACCUACGGUUACAUAUGCAGCUUUUUCUGA